AAAAAAAAAGAACAACUCAGCUUUCUUUUUUUAUUUUCAAGCAAAAAUGGAAGCAAGAGAGCCACAUAAUGCGACGGCAAGGACACAUUCAGGCGUAAACAGUGAACUCCACACGUCUCCCUGGCAUUCGCCGGUACCCUACUUGUUCGGCGGGUUAGCUGCCAUGUUGGGUCUUAUAGCGUUUGCGCUUCUCGUCCUUGCAUGUUCUUAUUGGAAACUAUUGGGUUACAACGAGAACGACGGUGAAGGGGGAACGGAGAGAGACUUAGAAGCCGGAGAAGGUAAAGGUGAAGCUGGUCGGCCGGUUAUGGAACCAAAGGUUCUUGUUAUAAUGGCGGGAGAAAAAAAGCCGACGUUCUUGGCCACCCCAAUUGGUUCUAACGGGUCGUAUUAUUUGGGUGACAAUAGUGAAAAGCGAUGUUGCUGUAGUGAUCAAAAGGGAGAGGAAGGCAAGCAAGAUGAGAAAGAGGUCUGCCGUGGUGGUGAUGGUGGUGGUGACGGUGGAGCUGAAACUACGGUGACCCAACAAUCUUCAAGUGAUGAUCAUUGAUUUUGUAAAAGAAAAAAUUGAAGGAAAAAAAAAAGAAAGAAAAUUUAGGAUGAUAUAAGAUCAGAUAUUGAGUAUUUCAAGGUGGGGGUUCUUUGGAAGGAUGGGUGGCGGUGGUUGUGUUGUGGGUCUGUAUAUUUAGCUUUUUAUUUUUCAGCUUGCAAUUGCAUGCUCCAUUGAUGUUAGCUUUAGCUUUUUCAGUUUUCCUUUUGUUUUUUUUAUGCUUUUUGGGCUCUUUCUCUUCCAUUUUUUUGAUGUACGUUUUACGGUACAUGGUAGAGGUUCGUAAUGAUCUUUUUUUAACAUUA